AUGGAUGUGGGCCAGGUGGCAUCCAUGAGUGAACUGAGAACGGUGACCACGAAAAACCUGGAUGGCUGGGUCGUAGACAACCUGCAGCCCAGCAAAGAGUUCUGCAAACAGGUGAAGCGGACGGUGAAACAGAUCUGCGAGUUCCUGAAGCGGGACUGCUUUGAGACUACAAUCCAUGUCCACAAGACUGUCAAGGGUGGCUCAGCGGGCAAGGGCACAGCCCUGCAAAACAACUCUGAUGCCGACGUGGUGCUCUUUCUCAGCUGCUUAUCCAGCUACCAGGAACAGCAGCAGGACAGAGGGGUUAUCCUGGAUUUGAUCAAGACAAGGCUGAAUGACUACAGGGAACAACUGGACUUCAACGUGCACAUCAGUCAACCGCAUUUCAAGAAUCCCAACAAUAAACCACGCUCCAUCAGCCUCACUCUCUCCUCCAAGGAGACUGAAGAGUCCAUUGAUGUGGACAUCCUGCCCACCUAUGACGCCUUGGGGCAGGUGAUCGAGGAUGCCCCGCCCAAUCCAGAAGUCUACAUAAAGCUCCUGGAUGCCUGUGGCCGCCCUGGGGAGUUUUCCCCCUGCUUCACUGAGCUGCAGAAGAAGUUUGUGAAGUAUCGUCCUGCCAAGAUGAAAAACCUCCUGCGCCUGGUCAAGCACUGGUACAAGGAGCUGGUGAAGCCACAGUACCCCAGUGCAGACCUGCCCCCCAAGUAUGCCCUGGAGCUGCUGACCAUCUAUGCCUGGGAGAAGGGAACAGACUCAAAUGACUCCUUUGACAUGGCUCAGGGCUUCCGUACGGUGCUGGAGCUGCUGUGUCAGCACCAGAACAUCUGCAUCUACUGGGAGAAGUACUACUUGCUCCAGCAUGAAAAGAUUGGUGCCCACAUCAAAGCACUGCUGCGCAGUCCCCGCCCUGUCAUCCUGGACCCUGCCGACCCCACGGGGAUCCUGGGCCAAGGCAAGAACUGGGCCCUCAUGGCACGGGAAGCUGUCAGCAGCUGCCACUCACUGACCUGCCUUGAAAAUGUCCAGCCCUGGGAUGUACAGCCAGCCCAGCCCGUGACCAUUACUGUGAGGCAGCUGUCGUGUGCCAGCCUGACCAAGACCGUCAGCCCCUACAUCACCAUCAGGAAGCUGAAGGAGAUAAUCGAGCAGGAGUGGGGCAUCCCGACGUACAGCCAGCGCCUGGCGCUGCAGGAGCAAGGUGUGAGCAACCUCAUCCUACAGGAUGGUGAGACCCUGGCCAUGCAUGGCAUCUUCUACAGCACCACGCUGGUGCUGCUGCGGACCGAGCCCCAGGAGAUGCAGGUCUUUGUGAAGGAUGAGAAGCACCAGUCCAAGACCUACACAGUGCUGCCCACCAACACUGUCCGGCAGCUGAAGGAGCAGAUCCAAGCCCGGCAGGGGCCUCAUGCCAAUGAGCAGCGCCUAACCUACGGCUCCAGGGAGCUGGAGGACCGGCACACGCUGGCACACUACAACGUCCAACCCAUGACCACCAUCUUCAUGUUCCUGCGCCUCCGGGGGGGUGCAGGCCCCCAGCACCCCCAGGUCCCUGCCUGCUUGCUCUCCUGA